CUCAUCGUCAUCUGAAAAAACAAACCCAGAUUGACACGAAACCUAUCAUUUCUCUUGCUUAAUUAUUUGAAUUUUCGCAAGAGAAUUGUUAAGUUUUGACAAAUUCUAACUUGUAAAAUACAAGAGUACUAAAACAUAUAUUAUAAUAAUAAUAAUAAUGAUGCAUCAGGAGGUAAAAUACAGAGUUGAAGAGGAGAAACAAGAGGAUUUAUCAAGUACAUCAGCAACAACAAGGACAGAAACGUCGACGUCUUUGGAUUUAAUCGUUGUGGCGUUCGAGGGGCUGGCGGAGUUGCUGAAUAGUGGAAACGAUAUAGAGCUUCGUUUGGAUACUUUCUGUGAUUCUUGUUCCUUGGUUUCUGUUUUAUUUAGUUGUCUUGGCAUCGCUUUCAAAUUCGCUGAAAUGGAGUACGUCGCCAAGGUAUCAAAUCUUGUAAAAGCAUCAAAAACCUAUGAAACAUUGCACGAGAUACUUGACAGGGAUAUCGCAAAUGGCAGUGUGAAAACACCAGGAAGUAAUUCCCGUAAUCUUCGAAGAGUUCGGCAGGGUCUUGACCUCAUCAGAGCUUUAUUUGAAAAUUUCUUGGCAACCAAUGAUGAAUCCUUGAAGGAAGCAGCUUCAUCAGCUUACGCGCAAGUUUGUGCGCCCUUCCACUCAUGGACGGUCAGGACUGCAGUUUACGCAGGAAUGUGUGCUCUUCCAACCAGGGAUCAGCUUCUGCAGAGGCUUAAUGAAACUGAUGAAUCGGCGGAGAAGAAAAUGAAGAGAUAUAUUGAUGCUUCAGUUCCAGUUAUCCAGUACAUUGAUAAUCUUUACAUUUCUAGGAAUAUCAAGUUGGACUGGUGACUUCAUUUGUUGUACAAAAACAUCAGAUAAUCUUGCUCUUCCAGGACAUUUAUCACAUAAAGAAAUCUUUGCUUCAAAUAUCUUUCUUCAUUCGGCAGCAAUUUAUAUUACUUCCCUUCUCACCUUCCAGCGGCAUUUGUCUUCCUAGUAUAUAUAUUUCCAAGGUUCAUUCAGCUGCAUCCGAGCAGCAGAAGCUGUAAGUAAUGAUACAGUAUCUAAGGAGAAAAUAGGAGAUAAAUCAGGCGGUUUGUACAUAAGCAUUUGUCCUUGAACAGGGACAUUCUGUAUUCUUUCUGUUGAUUAUUAUUAAUACAUAAAGGCAUUACUGAAAUUUACUCAAA